GAAGUGUAACUCCCGUCCUAGUUCAUCAUGGCUGCCGUAUGUGCUAGUCUGCACUGUAGCGCUCUGCUCGGAGAUUGAGUCUCCGUUUCUUUCAGUGCCUCACAUUUACUGUCUUCGCCCUCGACAUUUCGACAAACAGUCCCGCUCGCACGAGCCUAAACCACCCUGGUUGUGUUGUCUCAUCAAAACGAGCCGUCCUCAAGCAUUUCGUCGGGCCUUAAACCCCCCUAAAAAGGGAAAACAGGCAACAUUUUUAUUUCUCCCAUGAUCUGAUCACACUUUCCGCCUUUAUGAACCAUGUGUGAGAACUGCGCCGAGCUGCUGGAGGUGCUCAAUGAGAUCUCGGAUUCAGACAGCUCAGAUGGCCUGCAGCUGAAGAAAGAACAUGCCUUAAGAGUAUUCACCUACAUCAGCACAUGGACACAGAGGCAGUGUCUGUGCUGUUUCAAAGAAUACAAACACCUCGAGGUAUUCAACCAGCUCGUCUAUGCCCUCAUUCACCUGGUUAUUGCCCAAGUGACCAACCUUAGGGACCGUCUACGUAGUGGCCAUGACAACAGUAAGACUGAGGGAGCAGGUUCCGAAUGGAGCUCCGCCCAACCACAGCCGUCGCCUGGCGAGGACGAGCCUUUGAAUGUGGAAAGGGACUCAGCUGAGGAGGACGGUGGAACGGAGGAGGGAGAGCAGAACCAAAAGCAGGGAGUCAAAACGGACCCCCUACCCCGGCUCGGUGAGCCCACGUCGGACGAGAGCGGGAACGAGAGCAGCACGGACCUUUUUCUGUCCUGGAGCACGGAAGACCAGGAGAAACUGCUGCUGUGUGCUGCCAAGAUCUUUCAGAUUCAGUUCCCCCUGUACACGGCCUACAAACACAACACACAUCCCACUAUAGAGGAUAUCUCAGCACAGGAGAGCAAUAUCCUCGGCUCUUUCUGUGAUAUGAAUGAUGUGGAGGUCCCUCUGCACCUGCUGCGAUAUGUGUGUAUGUUUUGUGGGAAGCACGGCCUCUCUCUGAUGAAAGACUGUUUCGAGUUUGGUGCUCCCGAUACUCUCCCGUUCCCCAUCGCACAUGCCUUCAUCACCAUCGUCUCUAACAUCAGAAUAUGGUUGCACAUUCCCGCUGUGAUGCAGCACAUCAUCCCUUUUCGCACUUAUGUUAUCAGAUAUCUGUGUAAGUUGUCGGAUCAGGAGUUGCGUCAAAGCGCAGCGAGGAAUAUGGCCGAUCUGAUGUGGAGCACGGUGAAGGAACCGUUGGACAGCGCGCUGUGUUUCGACAGGGAGAGUUUGGAUCUGGCCUUCAAAUACUUCAUGAGUCCGACGCUCACCAUGAGACUCGCCGGACUCAGCCAGAUCACGAAUCAGCUGCACACCUUCAACGACGUGUGUAACAACGAGUCGCUGGUGUCUGACACAGAGACGUCGAUAGCAAAGGAACUCGCCGACUGGCUUAUCAACAACAAUGUUGUCGAGCACAUAUUUGGACCAAAUUUGCACAUCGAGAUCAUUAAACAGUGCCAAGUUAUCCUGAACUUCCUGGCCGCAGAGGGCCGCUUGAGCACUCAACAUGUGGACUGUAUAUGGGCGGCCGCUCAGCUGAAGCACUGCAGUCGCUACAUCCAUGAUCUCUUCCCCUCACUGAUAAAAAAUCUGGACCCGGUUCCCCUGCGACACGUGCUCAGUCUGGUGUCCAGCUUACACCCCAGUGCACACACAGAACAGACGCUGUAUUUGGCGUCCAUGUUGAUCAAGGCCUUGUGGAAUAACGCCCUGGCAGCCAAAACUCAGCUGUCCAAACAAAGCUCCUUCGCCUCCCUGCUCAACACCAACCUUCCCAUGGGCAACAAGAAAGGUUCUCCUGCCGGAAGCCCAGAGAGCAGUGACAACAGCGACACGCAUCACAGCGGAGGAAGUGACAUGGAGAUGGACGAGCCAAUCAUGAGCAGCGGUAAACGUGGACAGCAAAGGCUGUCAGACACUGAGGAGUCCCUACAGGGCAGCUCGGACGAGACUGUCAACAGCGGAGAGGAGGGCAGCAGCAGCGGCCGCAGCGAAGCGUCCAGUAAUGAGGCCGGAUCUAGCAGAGCCAGCCAAUCAGCAGGCAGCCCCGGGAGCGAGCUGCACUCCGACGACAUGGCCGACAGCGAGGCACUGAAAGAAGAGGAAGAAGAAGAAGACGAUGACGAGGAUGAUGAAGACGAUGAUGAUGACGAUGAUGACGACAGACCUGCCGUCGCUUCUGAAGGCAGCCCUCAGAAAGAAACCCGAGAUUCCAGAGAGGCUCCCACGUCAGAGCUACGCAAACGCAAAGCCGGAGAAGCUCUCGGAGAGGUCCAGGGUCCUCCGGAACGACCUGGAAUUCCGCCGGGCAUGGCGUCGUCUGGUCCCGGACUUUCCAAACCCAAGUCUAUCCCAUUCACCCCAGAGGCGGCUACUGCCAUGAUAGCCACGUCGUCCUCUUCUCUACGAAUUCUAGAACCGUGCUCCUCUUUGUCCAUGUGCCUGGAGGGGACGUCCGGAGAGCAGGCCGAUCCUUCUUCACAUUCCCAAUCCCAGAAUCCUCAGCAGCCGCAGCAGGAGAUGGGUGUCUCCCAGGAGCCUUCCUGUUUGCCUCGAGUGUCGGACUUCCUUACAGAGGCCAUGAGCAACGAACUCUUCAACUGCAGACGUUUCAUCAGCCCACAGCAUCAUCACCAUCAUCAUCAUCACCACCAUCAUCACCACCAGCAGGAUGGUCAUAUGGUGGAGGAUAUGCUGAGCGCAGAUGACGUAAGCUGUAGCAGUUCCCAGGUCAGCGCCAAGUCCGAGAAGAACAUGGCGGAUUUCGACGGUGAGGAAUCUGGGUGUGAGGAAGAGCUUGUUCAGAUCAAUUCACACGCGGAGCUCAGCUCACACCUGCAGCAGCACCUGCCCAACCUGGCCUCCAUAUACCACGAACACCUGGUGCAAGAUCGCCACGAAUCUUGCAAGAUUUCUUUGUCUAGUUCAUCACAGGCACUUUUUCUUGCAGGUCCAGCGGUGCACAAGCAUCAGUAUUCCACCCACGCGGUGACUGACAUCAACUUGGACAAUGUCUGCAAAAAAGGAAACACUCUCCUGUGGGACCUGGUCCAGGACGACAAUGCGAUCCACCUAUCAGAGGGCUUGAUCAAUGAAGCCGAGAAGCUGCUGUGUUCUCUUGUCUGCUGGUUUACUGACCGUCAGAUCCGCAUGCGUUUCAUCGAGGGCUGUCUGGAGAACCUCGCCAACCACCGGUCGGUGGUGGUGUCCCUGCGUUUGCUGCCAAAGCUCUUCGGAACCUUUCAGCAGUUUGGCUCCAGCUACGACACUCAUUGGAUAACCAUGUGGGCUGAGAAGGAACUUCACAUGAUGAAGCUUUUCUUCGAUAAUCUGUUACACUAUAUCCAAGAAGUGAGAGAGCAACGCCACAAAUUCGCUCUGUACAGUCACAGUGCAGAGGUGCAGGUGCGUCUUCAGUUUCUCACCUGUGUGUUCUCUACGCUCGGAUCACCUGACCACUUCAGAUUGAGUCUGGAGCAGGUGGAUAUCCUCUGGCACUGUUUAGUUGAGGAUUCUGAGUGUUACGACGACGCCUUGCACUGGUUUUUAAAUCAGGUCCGCAGUAAAGACCAGCACGCCAUGGGCAUGGAGACCUACAAACAUCUGUUCCUGGAGAAGAUGCCUCAGCUGAAGCCCGAGACCAUCAGCAUGACUGGACUCAAUUUGUUUCAGCAUCUGUGUAAUCUGGCUCGACUGGCCACCAGCGCUUACGACAGCAGCUCCAACUGCGAGGUUGGAUCAAUUUACCCCAUCUUUCACAGCUUGUGCGGUAUGGAUCAGCUCUGGGGAAUCGCAUUGAGGGCUCAGUCCGCCGACAUCAGCCGAGCUGCCAUCCAAUAUAUCAACUCGUAUUACAUCAGCGGUAAAACGGGUCUAGAAAAGGAGCAGGAGUUUAUCAGUAAGUGUAUGGAGAGUUUGAUGAUGGCAUCUGCUAACCUGGAGAAAGACGCUCACUCCAGCCUCACUAUCAUUGAGAGAGGACUAUUGCUCCUCAAAACACACCUGGAGGCAUUCAGACGCAGGUUUGCGUAUCAUUUGAGGCAGUGGCAGAUCGAGGGGACGGGCAUCAGCAGUCAUUUGAAAGCUCUCAGCGAUAAACAGUCUCUCCCGCUCAGAAUCGUCUGUCAGCCCGCGGGACUGCCGGACAAGAUGACCAUCGAGAUGUACCCGAGUGAUCAGGUGGCUGAUCUGAGGGCAGAGGUCACUCACUGGUACGAGAACCUUCAGAAGGAUCAGCUCAGCCAACAGGCGCAGCUGCAGGAGUUCGGCCAAACCAGCCGUCAACAGGAUUUCCCAGGUGGGCUGAUGGGUCCAGUGCGCAUGAUCUCAUCUGGACACGAGCUGACCACUGACUACGAUGAGAAGACUCUUCAUGAGCUCGGCUUUAAAGACAUGCAGAUGGUGUUCGUGUCUCUGGGCGCUCCUCGGAGAGAGAGGAAGGGAGAGGGGGUUCAGCUGCCGGCCUCGUGUUUGCCGCCGCCUCAGAAGGAGCACAUCCCCAUGUUGCUUCUCCUGCAGGAGCCACAUCUCACCACGCUCUUCGACCUGCUGGAGAUGCUGGCCUGCUUCAAACCGCCCGGUCCGGACAAACCCCAGCACAGCACUGAGAGCGUUCGCUGCGAGGAGCUUCACCUCCACGCUGAGAACCUAUCUCGUCGCGUUUGGGAGCUGCUCAUGUUGCUGCCCACGUGUCCCAGCAUGCUCCAGGCCUUCCAGAACAUCUCGGAUGAAGCGGGAUCUGACGGUUUGUGCUGGAAGGAUCUUCUGAGAAUCAAGAGCGCCCAUAAGCUGCUGUACGCUCUAGAGAUCAUUGAGGCUCUCGGCAAACCAAACCGCAGGAUUCACCGGGAGUCCACGGGAAGUUACAGUGAUCUGUAUCCAGACUCGGAUGACUCCAGCGAGGAACAGAUCGAGAACAGCAAGAACACGUGGAGCUGCAAGUUUGUGUCAUCUGGAGGGCUUCAGCUUCUGCUGGAGAUUUUUAGCUCUGGGAUCUUGGAGCCGAAAGAACAGGAAUUCUGGACUGUUUGGUUGUUGGACUGUCUUGCCUGUCUUCUGAAGCUGAUCUGUCAGUUUGCUGUGGACCCGGCCGAUCUGGACUUGGCGUAUCACGACGUCUUCGCCUGGUCCGGUCUCACGGACACACAGAGGAAGAGGGCGUGGCCCGGGAAGUCUCGCAAAACCACCGUUGAUCAUGGGAAGAACCUGCACAUACCCCGUCUUACAGAGGUGUUCCUGAGUCUCGUUCAAGGCACCAACCUCAUCCAGAGGCUCAUUAACAUGGCGUACACGUACGACAAUCUGGCACACAGGGUUCUCAAGGCCCAAUCGGAUCACAGGUCCAGACACGAGGCGACUCAUUACUCAAUGUGGCUGCUGGUUAGUUGGGCUCACUGCAGUUCUCUGGUGAAGUCCAGCCUGGCUGACAGUGAACAUCUACACGACUGGCUGAAGAAACUCACGCUUCUCGUACCUGAGACGGCGGUACGUCAGGAGGCGUGCAGUGGUCUAUAUAAGCUCUCUCUGUCCGGUCUCGAGGGCGGAGAAACCAUCAACAGAUCCUUCCUGCUUCUCGCUGCAUCCACGCUGCUGAAAUUCUUGCCAGACGCUCAAGCCCUUAAACCGCUCGGAGUGGAGGACUUUGAAGAGGAGGCGAUGUUCCGCACGGGCUGUAAGGAAUACUUCUGGCUGCUCUGUAAACUCAUCGACAACAUCCACGUGAAAGACGCCAGUCAGACCACCUUGCUGGACCUGGACGCGCUGGCUAGACACCUCGCCGACUGCAUCCGCAGUCGUGAGAUUUUGGACCAGCAGGACGGGGCCAUCGAGGACGACGGUCUCACGGGUCUCCUGCGGCUGGCCACCAGCGUCCUGAAGCACAAGCCUCCGUUUAAGUUCUCGCGGGAGGGGCAGGAGUUCCUGAGGGACACGUACGACCUGCUCUUCCUCUUGCCCAGCCUGAAGGACCGACAGCAGCCCAAAUGCAAGAGUCCGGCGGCCCGCGCCGCAGCGUACGACUUGCUCGUGGAGGUGGUGAAGGGCUCGGUGGAGAACUACAGGCUGCUGCAUAACUGGGUCAUGUCUCAACACAUGCAGGCGUCUCACGCUCCGUAUAAGUGGGAUUACUGGCCCCACGAUGAUGUCAGAGCCGAGUGUCGCUUCGUGGGACUGACCAACCUGGGCGCCACCUGUUACCUGGCGUCUACCAUACAACAACUCUAUAUGAUCCCAGAAGCCAGACAAGCGGUCUUUACUGCCAAAUAUUCAGAGGAUAUAAAGCAUAAGACCACGCUGUUGGAGCUGCAGAAAAUGUUUACAUAUCUCAUGGAAAGCGAGAGGAAAGCGUACAACCCUCGUCCGUUCUGUAAGACCUACACCAUGGACAAACAGCCGCUGAACACAGGAGAACAGAAAGACAUGACUGAGUUCUUCACAGAUCUCAUCACCAAGAUAGAAGAGAUGUCUCAGGACCUGAAAAACACAGUCAAAACACUGUUUGGAGGCGUCAUCACCAACAACGUGGUUUCACUGGACUGUGAUCAUGUGAGUCAGACGGCUGAGGAGUUUUACACAGUGAGAUGUCAAGUGGCCGAUAUGAAGAACAUCUAUGAGUCUCUGGAUGAGGUCACCAUUAAAGACACAUUGGAGGGUGAUAACAUGUACACCUGCUCUCAGUGUGGAAAGAAAGUACGCGCUGAGAAAAGGGCUUGUUUUAAAAAGCUUCCCCGGAUCUUGAGCUUCAACACCAUGCGUUACACGUUCAACAUGGUCACCAUGAUGAAAGAAAAAGUCAACACACACUUUUCGUUCCCUCUGAGACUCGACAUGACGCUUUACACAGAGGACUUCCUCAUGGCCAAGGGCGACAGGAAGGAAGGUUUCCGUGAAGACAGCGAUGCGAAGCCAGCCGAGAGCUACGAGUAUGACCUUAUCGGAGUGACGGUGCACACGGGAACAGCGGAUGGUGGCCAUUAUUACAGUUUCAUCAGGGACAUCGUGAACCCGCAUGCUUACCGCAAUAACAAAUGGUACCUGUUUAAUGACGCUGAGGUGAAACCGUUCGAUUCGGCGCAGUUGGCCUCAGAGUGUUUCGGUGGAGAAAUGACAACCAAAACGUACGACUCUGUCACCGAUAAGUUUAUGGAUUUCUCCUUUGAAAAGACCCACAGUGCCUACAUGCUGUUCUAUAAGAGAGUGGAGGUGGAGGAGGAAAAUGGGAAAGACUUUAACUUUGACAUCUCUCCCGACCUUCUGGAGUGGAUCUGGCACGACAACAUGCAGUUUCUUCAAGACAAGAACAUCUUCGAACACACAUACUUUGGUUUCAUGUGGCAGCUGUGCAGCAGUAUUCCCAGCACUUUACCGGACCCUAAAUCCAUUUCCCUCAUGACCGCUAAGCUCAGCACAUCAUUUGUUCUGGAAACGUUUAUUCACUCCAAAGAAAAGCCCACAAUGCUGCAGUGGAUCGAACUUUUGACCAAACAGUUCAACAACAGUCAAGCUGCUUGCGAGUGGUUUUUGGAUCAGAUGGCAGAUGACAACUGGUGGCCCAUGCAGAUUCUCAUCAAGUGCCCCAAUCAGAUCGUCCGGCAGAUGUUCCAGAGGUUGUGUAUCCAUGUGAUCCAGAGACUGAGGCCAGUCCACGCUCACCUGUACCUGCAGCCGGGCAUGGAGGACGGCUCUGAUGACAUGGACGGGCCGGUGGAGGACAUCGGCAGUCGUUCCUGCGUGACGCGAUUCGUCAAAACGCUGCUGUCGAUCAUGGAACACGGAGUGAAGCCUCACAGCAAACAUCUCACCGAGUACUUCGCCUUCCUCUACGAGUUCGCCAAAAUGGGCGAAGAGGAGAGCCAGUUCCUGUUGUCUUUGCAAGCCAUUUCUAUAAUGGUGCAUUUCUACAUGGGCACUAAAGGACCUGAAAACCCUCAGGUGGAGGUGUUAUCUGAAGAAGAGGAGGGUGAGGAAGACGAAGAGGAGGACAUCCUCUCGCUGGCGGAGGAGAAGUACCGUCCGGCCGCUCUGGAGAAGAUGAUCGCUCUCAUAGCUCUGCUGGUGGAGCAGUCCAGAUCUGAGAGACACUUGACCUUGUCUCAGAGUGACAUGGCUGCCCUGACUGGAGGAAAAGGUUUUCCCUUCCUGUUUCAGCACAUCAGGGACAGUAUCAACAUCAGACAGACGUGCAACCUCAUAUUCAGCCUCUGUAGAUACAACAACCGCCUGGCAGAACACAUCGUGUCAAUGCUGUUCACCUCCAUAGCCAAACUGACACCAGAAGUAAGUACAACACUUAACACGUACACAUUAUACUAUCAACAAACACAACUUCACAUCAUUUUUGUGUUUGUCUGUCAGGCAGCGAAUCCCUUCUUCAAACUGUUGACGAUGUUGAUGGAGUUUGCGGCCGGUCCUCCUGGAAUGCCUUCGUUUGCCUCCUACAUCCUGCAGAGGAUCUGGGAGGUUAUAGAGUAUAACCCAUCUCAGUGUCUGGACUGGUUGGCGGUUCAGACUCCCCGUAAUAAGCUGGCUCACAGCUGGGUUCUGCAAAACAUGGAGAACUGGGUGGAGAGAUUUCUGCUGGCGCACAACUACCCGCGCGUCCGAACCUCUGCGGCGUAUCUUCUGGUGUCCCUCAUCCCGAGUAACUCCUUCCGUCAGAUGUUCCGCUCCACGCGUUCUCUUCACAUCCCGACCCGUGACCUUCCGCUGAGUCCCGACACGACGGUCGUUCUGCAUCAGGUGUACAACCUGCUGCUGGGUCUGUUCGCCCGCGCCAAACUCUACGUGGACGUGCCGGUGCACGGCACCACCAAACUGGUCCAGUAUUUCAGCUUUAUGACCUACUGUCUCAUCUCCAAGACAGAGAAGCUCAUGUUCUCCAGUUACUUCAUGGACCUGUGGAACCUCUUCCAGCCCAAGUUGUCAGAGCCGGCGAUCGCCACGAACCACAACAAACAGGCCCUUCUGUCCUUCUGGUAUAACGUCUGCAUGGACUGCAGCGAGAACGUGCGGCUUAUCGUCCAGAACCCCGUCGUCACCAAAAACAUCGCCUUCAACUACAUCCUGGCCGAUCACGACGAUCAGGAGGUGGUGCUGUUCAACCGCGGCAUGCUGCCGGCGUACUACGCCAUCCUGCGCAUGUGCUGCGAGCAGUCGCCCGCCUUCACCCGCCAACUGGCGUCCCACCAGAACAUCCAAUGGGCCUUUAAAAACCUCACGCCUCAUGCAAGCCAGUACCCUGGGGCGGUGGAGGAGCUGUUUAACCUCAUGCAGCUGUUCGUGGCUCAGAGGCCUGACAUGAGAGAGGAAGAGCUGGAGGAUGUCAAGCAGUUUAAGAAGACCACCAUCAGCUGUUACCUGCGCUGUCUGGAUGGCCGUUCCUGUUGGACUACGCUCAUCAGUGCCUUCCGUAUAUUGUUGGAGAACGAUGAGGACCGGUUACUGGUGGUUUUUAACCGAGGACUGAUUCUCAUGACAGAGUCGUUCAACACUCUGCACAUGAUGUACCAUGAGGCCACAGCUUGUCACGUGACGGGUGACCUCGUGGAGCUGCUCUCCAUCUUCCUGUCUGUUUUAAAGGCCACGCGACCCUACUUGCAGCGCAAAGAUGUGAAGCAGGCUUUGAUCCAGUGGCAGGAGAGAAUCGAUUUUGCUCAUAAACUGCUAACGCUGCUAAACUCUUACAGUCCUCCUGAACUGCGCAACGCCUGUCUGGAUGUUCUGAAGGAGCUGGUCCUCUUGAGUCCUCAUGACUUCCUGCACACGCUCGUACCCUUCCUGCAGCACAACCACUGCACCUAUCACCACAGCAACAUUCCCAUGUCAUUUGGGCCGUAUCUGCCCUGUAGAGAAAACAUCAAACUGAUGGGAGGAAAGAACAACAUCCGACCUCCUCGACCCGAGCUCAACAUGUGCCUGCUGCCCUCCAUGGUGGAAACCAGCAAGGGUAAGGACGAGGUGUACGACAGGAUGUUGUUGGAUUAUUUCCUGUCAUACCAUCAGUUUAUUCACCUGCUCUGUAGAGUCGCCAUCAACUGCGAGAAAUUCACAGAGACGCUAAUCAAACUCAGUGUGUUGAUAGCUUAUGAAGGACUUCCUCUGCACCUGGCUCUCUUUCCAAAACUGUGGACAGAACUUGCGCAAUCUCAGUGUGCGAUGGCGCAGUCGUGUGUGAAGCUGUUGUGUGAAGAUCCGGCUUUCGGAGAGUACAUGAAAUGCAUCCUGAUGGACGAGAGGUCUUUCCUCAACAACAAUGUCGCCUACUCUUUCCUCACUUGCUUCUUACACAAGGUGCAGGUCCAAGUGUUAUCAGGCCAAAGCUGUUCCAACCUCAUCAACGUGUUGGUGACCAACCUUUUGAACGAAUACCACAGCCUGCAGCCUGAACUGACCAAUCAGAGAGCAGAACUCGGCAAAACCAGCGGCCUCCUCAAUGCAGAUCUGCGGGCGCUGGUGUUGAUCCUCUCGGUUUACACCCCUCAGCAGUUAGACCCGGCUUUGGGUCCGGCGUUACAGGAGCUGCUGUCGAAAUGCAAACUGUGUCUGCAGCAUCGGGCCACGUUGGAGAUUGAGGCAAAGGAACGAAAAGUCAAAGUGGAGGAAGAAGGUGUCACCCCCGUUAAGCGCAGGAGGGUGAGCAUCAGCGCUGACGAUCGUCCAGCAGAUGGCGGCUGCAGUUGCUCCGUUUGCCCUCCCUCGACCUCUUCUUCAUUGGUUCCCUGCUCGGAGCAGAAGGCGGAGCCUGGCGAGGCGCUAACGCCGACCAGCACUUCAGACACGGAGACCCGAGACUCCUCCCUCAUCGACCCGGGAACGGAAAACGAGCCACCCUCUCCUGACAGCGCAUCCCUGGAGGAGAAAAAAAUGGACGUUUCGUCGUCAUCGUCGUCGUCCUCUUCGUCCUCUUCGUCGUCGUCCUCUCUUCCCGAAGCGUUUAGUCGGACAGGUGAAACUCAGCCACAACGAAGAGAGGAAGAGGAGGAGGAAGGUAGAAGGAAUGAGACGCAAGAGCACGAAGGAGAACCGGAAAGAGAGGAAGUCCCCUCCUCUUCCGCUGAAUCCGCGCUGCUGCUCUCCAGCCUUCCGGAUGGUGCUGAGGGGCGAGGCUGUUCACUCCAGGAGGCGGAGUCGGGAGCAUGUGGCCACGCCCUCUCACAGGGAACGUUUAAUUCUGCAGCGCAGCAGCAGGAUGCUUUGGAAACGCUUUGUCGCACUGUCGAGGCCACUAUUGCCGUGGUUGCCAAACUGUUGAAUGGCGGGAAAGGAGGGGCGUGCCCCUCGGCUUUGUGAUGUCAUUUUGCUGUUUUCUCUAUUAUCUUCAUUUUCAGAAUAAUUUGAGUCAGGUUUUUUUUGCCCUUUGCCGUCACUCAUCAGCUGUUUUCCCGUCACCGUGUUGCCCUGAAUGUUAGUGGUUACCACGGUAACUUAACUCAAAUAGCGCAAAGGGCAUUAUUUUCUUUUAAACAUUUUUUUCCGUUUUUGAAGUGGUUUGUUUUUGAAGCUGCAGUGAAACAGGGAAAAGGUUUACAACAUUUUAGUCCCGUCAGUGCAUAAUUUAAUUUUGCGAUUUUAUUCAAGUGUAUUAUUGAUCGUCUUCUGUGCCAGUUUUGUACUCGCAGACAUUUUUUUCUCUGUGGUGAAUAUCAAAAACUAUGUUUACUUGUGCAUUGAAACGAAGAAAGAACCACAAAAGCAUUGAUUCUGUAAAGAAUCUUCUAAAUGUUGCCUGGCUUUGUAAAUGAGAUGGUAAAAUAUAUAUAUAUAUAUAUAUAUAUAUAUAUAUAUGUAUAUAUUUCGGUAAGAUAUAUGUAUACAGUAUAUAUCCAAUGGAGCGCAGUAUACUGUAUAUGUACAUCUCUUGUACUGUAUAUAUACCUACGUUGUGUAUAUAGAAACUUAAGGUGCUUUUUUGUUCAGGCAGAGAACAUUUCUGGCCUGAAUAUUGCACAUUUGCUGGAACAGUUGGAGCUCUAUUUUAUUUACCAAAAUACAUUCCAUAAUCUAUUGGAUGUCAUUCUUGCGUUCUAUGUAUUUGAGUUUCUUUCUGUUUUGAUUUAUUUUAAUAUAGGAUAUAACUUAAUAAAAUUUUAAUAUGAUUUAAUUAUGAA